GUGUGACCACCAAAAGGAAUCCACAUUCUACCUGGCCAAGGCUGAGCUGUCUGGCCUGGGAAGAAGAGGGUCUGCUGCAGAGAACUGGAGUGGCCACUCUGACUGCCAGCCUUCUUCCUGGGGCUGGCCAGCCUACUCGAAUUCAGGCUUCACGGAGGCCUACACGGAGGCCUCCCUGGAAGCCCCGCCCAGCCGCCGAUCAGCUGAGAGGUGCCCGGGAGAAAAGCAGCUUGCCUGCUGCUUGGAUGGCCGACCAGGAGGACCAGCAGGAGGGAGGGCAAACAGGUGUCUUCACGGUUGAGGAGGAUGGAUGGUUUCUCCAGACCGUGGACACCGAAUGGUCUUGUGAGAGUCCUGACAUCCAAGAGGCCAAGAUCCCAGAAGACAACACUAGGGAUCAGGAGCUGGACGUGGAGAGCUUUGUCAGUUCCCCGAGCGUCCAGAGGCCAAGCACCGUGUUGAGGAGGCUGCAAAACACCGCCGCUGACCAAGAGCCAUCCCUUGGAGAGAGUUCUUCCUUCCCGGGGGCCGAGACUCCACAUGCCAGCAUGGAGGAAGAGGGGUCGGAAGAGGACUAUGCCACCAGUUCCCCCAGAGUCCCGAAGCCAAAGAAGUGGCUCAUCAAGAAGAUGAUGAAGAACACCUACACGGUGGAAGACUCGUCCUCCGCGGAGUGCUCCUCGAAGGAUGAGGAUGACACCAUGCAUGACAUCAGCAGCAUCGAGGACGAGGUGUGGGACUCUCCGCUGACCCCCAGUUCGGCCAGGAACAUCGGCGAAGAGGAAAGAAGAGGACAGCUGGCCCCAGAUUGGUUCUCCUCGGUCCAUCUGGGAGAGGGGAGAGCAACAAAGAAGAUUGGGGACGUCAUCCGGAGCGUGGAGUAUGCCAGUGAGGUGGAGGAAAGGUUCCCCGAACUCCUGGUGGGCCUGGUCAACAAGAUCCUCACCGGCCUGCAGAACACCACCGAGGGAGUCGGGAACCGAGACAGCCAUUACCUGCCUCCUGAGGAGACCGCGCAGAUUGUCCGAACCCUGCUGGAGAGGGUGGCACAGGUGACCCCAGAGAAGACCUGCUGGGAAUCCCUGUGCUCUCCGCAGAGCUGCCUCCAGGGUGUGGCCCUCUUGCAGAUGAAGUGA